CGUACGCAUCUGCACGCACCUAUAAAUCAGUGUUUAUUUUUAGUAGAGGUUCCGACGAUUAUUCGAAAUACUUGUAAAUACGUGCAUUGUGGCCAAGAAAUGUAGAGAUUUGUUCUACGAUUCGAAUGUGAAGAUUUAUUCAGACCGAUUCAUGCAAAAUUCCCAAAUAUUGAUAUUCAAAACUGCCUCCGUAUACGGACUGAAAAUCAGCAUUCGGUCGUGAAUGUAUACGUAAAUACAUACACUCGACAGAAAAGUUCGGUAAUUCGUUUACUUGGUUUCAAGUGUGCGUGUUCGUCACAGCGUGCAAUUAACACACGGAACAGAUCAGUCGGUAGCCGGAAUCGAGCACCAGUGAAUUCGUGUACAAAGUGUAUCGUUCCUCGCUUGAGAGUAAAUACCUAAAUAAAGGUGUCUUCAUUCGAACGAAACACAGUAAUAUCAUUAAAUAUUCAUUCAACAAUAGCAUUAAACACGCAAGAUCAGUUUACUCUUUGAGUUAAGACUGUUGUUGUUGUUUCAUAUUUGAUAUUAUUCGAUAUUAAUUUACUCGUAACAGCUUCGCGUUGGCUAAUAACGAAAGUUGAAAGUACCUUGAGCUUGAUUGAAAGAUUUUUGAGGUAUAUUCACAUAUCGGAGAAAUAAUUGUGUAUACCCUACAUGUACAUUGUGCAUGAAUCCCGGCAUCGUGAGACGGUGUGCUGACUUUUUUCAGUUUCUUUUAGAGAACGUUGCGCAUUGAUUGUGCAAGAUGCAUAUUGUUUGCAAAUGUUUGAACGUGUCCAUAAAGUCCAGGGGCACUGAACUUCAAAAGGUCAACAUAGAUGAUAUUGAAUUGACACCUCAGGAACAAACCGACGGAUUCUUUCGUCAGAAUCUAGCAACAGUAUCAGAACUUGAAGGUAUUACUAAGGAACAACCAGGUUUAGUUGAUAUAAGAAAUGUAGGAUCAUGGGUUAUUCACAGGUGUUACAAUUGUUCUAUGUAUACACAUGCUGUGCACAGAGACUAUGGUGCUGCUUUAGUCCUUAUUAAUAAUGACAUUAUUACUACACCUGAAGAAAUAAACAAAUUGAAAUCCAGUCCUGAUUAUAGUCCAGUAUUUAGAAUAGUAAUUGCUCAUAAUACUUUGGAUGAACUCGAUUACCUUCAACAACCUACCAAGUUUUCUGUGUCCCAAUUACCCAAUAAUGUACAAGUAGCUUUGGGUGGUCUCCAACAACAGCUUGAGGAAGCAGUUCAACGACAGUCUGCAGAAAUAGAGGAUAAAAUUCGUGCUUUCACGGCAGAGCAGUAUCAAUUAUUAGAACAGUUUCGCGAACGAGCUCACAACGAGCACAGAAUAUUAACAAGGUUAAUAUCUAAGGGGGAUGAAACAAAUAGAUUAACAAAUAACAUAGAAACACCUCCUACAACCCCAGACAGUUUUACAACCAGUUUAUCUACCUCUACAGCUAAUGUGGUGAAUACACCAACAAAAGUGAUAUCAAAUGAAACAAAAAUCAUUACUGGUCCUAAUGUUAAGCAUGAUGGUGCAAAAUAUUCUCCUAAUCCUCUUGUUAAUGGUAACAUAGAUAAGAAAGAUCAAUUAUAUAUAUACACUAAUGAGGCAACUAGUUUUGAUGCAGAAGCUUUAUUUCCUCUAGAAGGAAUGGAAGACAUUGACACUGCUGAACAUGUUCAAUCUUCAGAAGAAGGAUCUGAUACAGAUGAUUCAGGUCAAGACGAAGGUAUUCAUAUGCCUAGAGGCCAAAGAGGUGGACAUCCCACAUUGGCUAAGUCAUUACCAGUUAGUGUUCCAUCUUUUCCUUCAUUUGUGCAUAGAACAGUUCAAGACCAGGAUGAUGAUCAGUUAUCAAGAGAUCCACAUGAUCCACAUAAUAUUCGAGCUUCAAUUAAAGCUCUAGCUAAGAGCGUUCAUGGUGAUACAGUAUUUGGAGAUUUGCCACGUCCUCGUUUCUCUACUCAAAUCUGACUUUACAGCAAUUUCAGAGAAAGAGAAUGAAUUUAUAUUAAAGAAGUAACAUACAUAUAAAGUACCUAUUAUUCGUAAAUUGUCUUUCAGUGAAUGCUACAAGAGAUUGAUGUAUGCAAAGACAGAAUAAACAUAGAAGUCUAUAGA